AUGCAGAAGAAGAAGAAGAAGAAGAAGAAGAAGAAGAAGAGAAGGACGAAGGACUUUGAAACAACAUAUGCUUUCGAAGAACAACUUGACCGGGGUCCCUGGGUCGCGACGACGCGGAAGAAGGGGGGCGAGGUCGGCGACGCGCUGCCGGUGGACAGCGCCCAGGUCGUCCUCCGCGUCCAAUCAGAGCGGCGUCCGGGGCGGCCUUGGCGCCCUCCUCUGCCGUGGGCGCCGCACGCGACGCCGCGCUGCUGCGCUGGUCCUGCCUGGUCCCGCCCGGGUCCUCGGGCGACGAAGAGGCGCGGCACGCCAUCGGGCCAGCGAGGACGCCGGUCCAUAUAUAAGGCGGCCGGCGGGCUGUCUCGGCACAGUUCAGCAGCUGCAGCCGUCCACAGCAUCAUGAAGGUCCUGGUCGUCCUGAGCGCCGUUUUGGCGGUAUGCGUCGCCACCCCCGGCUACCUGUCGGCGCCUGCUCUGCUGGCCCGCGGCAUCGCCGCCCCCGGCAUCCUCGCCGCCCACGCGCCGGCGGUGAUAGCCGCCGCCCCCGCUGUCGUCCGCACCAUCCCUCCUGGCGGCCCCGCCAACAUCGUGAUCGGACCUGGCGGUGUGCCCCUGGACACCCCUGAGGUGGCCGCCGCCAAGGCGUCGCACGCCGCCGCCGUCGCCGAGACGAGGGCCCGCGACGCCGUCGUGAACACCGCCCCCGCCGUCGUGGCCGCCGCCGCCCCCGCUGCCAUCGCCGCCGCCCCCGCCGUGAUCGCCGCCAGGACGCCUGCCGCCACCGUGCUGGCCGGCCACGGCCUGCUCGCCCCCGCCGCCGCCCUCCGCUACGCCGCCGCCGUGCCGGCCCUGCGCUACGCGGCCGUCGCCCCCGCUGCCCUCGGAUACGCCGCCGCCCACACCAUCGUGGCGCCGGCCCCCAUCCACCCCGGCUACGCCGCGUACGGACCGGCCAACAUCGUGAUCGGACCCGGCGGUGUGCCCCUGGACACCCCUGAGGUCGCCGCCGGCAAGGUCGCCGACGCCGUCGCCCACUUGGAAGCCAAGGCCCGCAACGGCGUCCUGCUGGGCUGAACUGUCCCCGAGUCCCAACAACCCUACGACCAAACGGCAAUCACUGCUCAUGUAUAUACCUGAAAAUGGAUAAAUAUAUUUAUUUUCUGCAAA